CGAGAGAAACAAAAAACGUGACUAGGCACCCAAAGCGUCGUGUUAUGCAACAACUGACCUACUAACAUACAUUUUGAGACUCCGAGAGAGGGAGAGAGCUAGGGAAAUAGCGCUCGAGAGAGAGAGAGAGAGAGAGAGAGACAGAGAGAGAGAGAGAGAGAGAGAGAGAGAGAGAGAGAGAGAGAAGAACUGGAGCAAGUCACCAACAUAACAUGAGGGGCGAUCCGAAAUUAAGCGGCACUGUGUUCACACUCUCACACAUACCUGCACUAAUAGGAGAGCUGGUGAUUUGAAGGUGAGGGACAAAACGCAGCAGCUAUCUGAAGGCGGCGGACCGGCCCAUGCCCAAAGCGGAUUCUUUAACACAAACGAGGCUGUCAUUGCUUUCUGUGGAUUGUUAUUAUCAGAUGCAAAAGGCCUUUCAUCUCACAGUCAACUGAAGAGAGAGGAGAGACAGACAGAGAGAGAGAAAGAGACUGAGAGAGCAAGGCUCCCCAAGAGACUGACAAGCUGAGGUAGACGGACUGACCUACAUCCUGCUACUCGCCUGGAGAUGUAGGACACUUCUCCGCCAGCUCAGCUCAGUGCACUGCUUGCACACAAAACAUUUAAAAACAACAGCAAAAAAGGCAUUUGAGGAUUUCCCCCCAAAGAAAUUUGUUUCAUUCUCCAACUUUUAAGGAAUUGAAGUGUUGCUUCUCUGCAGAAACAAGAGCCUUCUGGUCCAAUUUACCUGAGAGACUUUGAGGAGCCGAGACACUGAACAGUGACCAAGGACCCCCCCAGUGGACAAAUGAGGGUUGCUAAUGCAGAGUUUCAGCUGUUCUUGAUCUUUUUGACUAAUUUGGACACUUGAGUAAUCCUAUCCUCUUGAGGCUGAACUGCAGUAAACAGACUGACUUCAAACUUAAAUACACCCAAUGAGUUUAAACCGUGAAGAAGCAAAAAACCCAGAAGAAUUUUUGACAGAUCCUGGUACUUAGGAAGCUAUCAGACUAAGAACUUUGAGAGAAAGCAAUCAAACACGCUUUAUCACCACCCCCUCCUUCCCCUUGACCUCUGACCUAAUUCCAUCCCCAGUUGCCCUGGCAAGAUUUCAAACUGGGUGCUGUUUGACAAGAAUGGAAAGUCUGACUUCAGCUCUUAAAACGUUAAACAAAAACUCAGGGAAUAACUUAAACUGCCUUGAGGCCUUCACAAGUUACGAAGAGUCUCUCCCCUCACCCCAAGGGACAACAGCUCGCCUAGGGCGUCUCAUUAAACCCAAACCCAAUAUGAGCUGUAGGCGAAAGCGCGAGUUCAUCUCUGAUGAGAAGAAGGAUGCCUCCUAUUGGGAGAAACGCCGCAAGAACAAUGAAGCCGCCAAACGCUCCCGGGAGAAGCGCCGUCUCAAUGACAUGGUUUUGGAGAACCGUGUCAUGGCCCUAAAUGAUGAAAAUGUGAGGCUCAAGACAGAACUGCUUCAACUGAAGCUGCGCUUUGGCCUUAUAAGCACCGCUUCCUACAUGGAGAAAAGCCAGCAGAUUGGUGGAGGAAGCAACACAGGGAAUGGGGGCUCCUCUACCUCCUCCUCGGCUACUCAUUAUUAUACCAGCGGUUACUCCAGCGGCUCUCAGGUGAUGAUGAACUCUGAUUCUUCUGAGACAGAGCAGUCAGGUCGCAGUGAAGGUCACAGGCAGCUGGUGAAAUACUCCCCACGUGGCUCCCUCUCUGACAUGUCUGAUGGCUCCUCCAGGGACAGUCCUGAGCCGCUUGGCUUUGAGAUCAAGCAGGAAGGUGAGAGGCUGGAGAUGGAAAUUGCCAAUGGCACCACCACCCAGAUCAUGUUCAACAUCCACCGCGGCCUGGCCUCUGUCCCCACUCACCACCAGAUUCAGCAACACUCUCAGGAGCUGGAAACUGCCUUCCACAGCCAACAGCAGCAGCAGCACCUUCACAAACAACAAUCUCAUCAGGAAUCUGUUACUGCUAUCAACACCAUCAACCAGCCCGCCCCACAUCCACCUGCUGCCCAGAGAAGUGUCAUUCUGUACCGCUCUAGCAGUGCCUCCUAUCCUGUGGAGUCCUUGUCUAGACCCCAGGAUAUGGAUCUGCAGGCAGCACAGAAGCAGAGUAACAGCAACGGCCUGACAUGCGCCAGCCGAAUGCCCCAGUCCAGGGAGAGCAUCCCGGUGAGCUCCACAGAGACACUGGCUGAGGUGACCAAACAGCUGGAGAGGAAGACAUUAGACUCCCCUCCAUAUGAGCUCUCAGACAGCCGUAGUGAGGCAGGGGAGAGACAAGUGUACAGAGAUUGUCAGCUUCCCCAGCAGCAGCAGCAAGAUAGUGGGUCUACGGCAGGUCUGGCUCCUGAGCUCAUGCACAAACAUGAUGAGGGUGCUCCCCAGUCCCACCUGUACCACCAUCUGCAGGAGCCUCAUCACUCAUACCUCAGUGCCCAAGAUGAGGAGCCACCUGUGCUGACCUACGAGGGCGGGCCCAGGAAUGAAGCUUACUACCAGGGCCUCUCCACCUCCUCCAGCAAGGACACCUCAUCCAGCGAUGGAGAUCCUCGCAGCUCUGACAAAGAGGCCUCCACCGAUGAUGACGAGUCCCCAUCCUCCUCCUGCUCUGACACUGGCAGUUACCACAACCAACAUCUGUCGGGCCUCCACCAGCGUGCCUCACCUCUGCCCUCCUCCCAUGGCUGCUCUCAGGCCCAGGGCAGGGAUCCCCAGGGGGAGGUGAAGGGCACAGCAUUACCCCACAAACUCAGACUCAAACACAGGGCCAUGAGCACCAGCGGGAGCAGUGGCAGUGGUUCCGGCCAGGAUUCCCCCACCACACCUCCAUCUGCCACGCUGCCCCCCCUGCCCCAGCAUCCCUACUUGGCCAUCGUACCACAACCGAACAUUAAGAGGGAGAGCCUGGGCCCGGUGGGGGUCUGUAAACAGGGAGCCUCAGGGGAGGGGACCAGGAAGGAGAAUGGGAAAAAGGACCAAGGUGGACGACGAAACAAGAGGCGAGACUAGGUGAUGUUCACUGUUAGAGCACACCAGAACAUGAAGCUUUCUCUGAUGCUCUAUAAAGAAAAGACAUUGUUUCUCCUCAAUGAACCACCCUGCCAUCAUGCCUUUGCCCCAUACUCACGUCCCUCCCUCAAGCCCUUGGGAUAAGGAAACUGGGCUUUCCUACCUCCCCAUCCCAUGUCACCAAAACAGGGCUGGACUUCUUGGGGGGGCUGUAACAUAUAUGUAUAUAUUGUAUAGAUUUGUCAUUUCUUACAUCCUCUCCAUACUUACAGAAGCACUUUUGUUUAUGUAAUGAGAGGAGGAAUGGAACUGUCUGCUUUUCUACUUCAGUCAUCCAACAAUACUCAGCAUUAGACUACAUCAGCAAAAGCACAUCUUUAUCAUUUCAAUACAGAAUGUAGUAAAUCAAAAAAUCUCAAGCUUUAUCAAUGUUACUAAUUUGGUACAUAUCCAGCUGUAGACAAACAUACACAAGUAUGGCUAACUGCCUUAAUCAAAAUCAAAUGCAAACGUAUACUGGGGACAUUCCCUUGACCAAAGAAGCAACAACAACUCUUACACUACAAAUGUUAAGUUCCAUCCCUCUUCCCGGACCCUACCUCUACCAACCCAUACUCUCCUCAACCAUCUCCAUUAUUUUGCAAAAGAUCACCAUCACCUUUAUUUUUCAAGCACUUGGUUUGUAUAUUACUGUGAUAUAUGAAUAUACGUAUCUUAUAUAAAUAUAUAUUUUACAAAGAAAAUUUGAAGAAAAUUUCAACAAAAAAUGUGACAAAUCUACAAUGGUAAAAGAGGAUUUGGAAAGUCACCAUUCUAUUAAUUAUCACAAUUACUGUACAGCCACAUUGUGUCUACUGUUGCUACAGUACCCAUUCAAAAUGAAACGCCUCUCUUUUGAUUGUUGAGCUUUAGCAUUAAUCACUUGUUAAUGCCCUGUUUACAGAGAAAUGGCCGUCCAGUUUGGAGAGCCAACAGCACUGAAUGGAGAACAUGUCGUUUCCUGAGGCAGGGGCCUCAUUAAAAUGUUUUGAUCAUUAAACUAAACCUUUAACCAGCCUUUAAAUGUAUGGUGGAAUAGCAUUCACCAGCUGCAGGCUAUAAGCCUAUAGUCAAUUUGAGCUUUAUCAACCAUAUCCCUUUGUUGUUACCAUUCACUGGCCCAAUGUAUUUAUUUCCCUGUUCUCUAUACGCCCAUCACUGCAGAAAAGCCCACAGGAACAUAGACUAUGAAUGUGUACAGACCAUCUAAAAUACAUACUGCAGCCCAGGUUUAACUCUAAUGCAGGCAUGGGAUGCCUGGGGGCAAAAGCAGCAGAGGAAUGGCUGUUCAAGUUAUAUUUAUGUAAACACAAAUUGAGCUCUGAGGAGUGAAAUGAAAUACAUUUUUGUGGUGUGACCAGGCAUUGACCACAUGGCCCUUGAGACUCUUAUUAAAGCCCAGAUAUGAGCUAAUUUAAUUAGGGAGGAAUAAAAGCUACUGUAAUAUCCAAACCUCUCUACAACUCCAAUUGGAACCAAGGUUGAUUUUUUUCUAAUUAAAUUUAAAGAGAUGGACAAUCUGUACUUUGUCAAUGAAAAUGGGGACUUCCCUUGUUUCCUGUGUGCCUCAGUUAUUCAUUUCAGGGGAUACUCAUCCCCUUCCAAUUGCAAUUCUCACAUCGGCGGUACUGAAUUGCCUGCACUGGAUCUGGAGGUUAAACAAGAGUCUAUGUACCAUGUUUGGCUUUUUGGCACUUGUGUAUAAAUGUAAAGUUCCCCUCCCUUGAACAACACUGUAAUGUUUAUUUCAUCGGAAAUCUUCUUUUUUUUGUCAAGGUGUUGUUCUGUUUUUCUCUCUACUGUGUCUUUCUCCUAUUGACUGUGAUGACAUGUAUUUGCCUCAUUCCUCCUCUCCCCCGACCUUUUUUCAAUGUGUAUUAAUCAGUAAUGUUUGUGGUUUUGCUGAUGGUUUUAUGAAAAAGACAAAAGGACAAAAAAACAGUCAAGGAUUGUGUGGUGUUUAGAGAUGGGUGGUGGUUGGUCUGGUUGGUCAAUACCAUCGCUUCCUUUUGACAUGAAUAUGUAUGUAAAGACACUAAUGUUCAUCAUGGAAGAUGGGAGCAUUUCAAGAUUGAAAAUGAAAUAAAAAAGAAUGUUGACCUCAA